AUGAAACGCCUUGCGACAGGCUUGCCCAGGCCAUGUAGCAGUGCUCGGCGGACAUGCCGCGUCGACGAGCAAGUCCAUGGGAAGCCACUCUCUCCGCGCCGCCGCGUGCAGCCGCAAUGCUUGGGGACACAAUACAGCAUACGGCAUGCGUCGUCGAAGGCGUCCCGGCCACGGACGGCGCUCUUCUUCCCUGGCCAGGGAGUUCAGAGAGUCGGUAUGCUCACGCCAUGGAUCGAGGCCUUCCCCGCGACAGCAAAGCCCAUAAUUGAAGAAAUCGACAGUCUCAUGGGCUAUAAACUCUCUAAGAUAAUCGAAGAGGGGCCAAACAGCACCCUCACCUCAACAGUAAUCGCACAACCUGCCAUCAUGGCCUCUUCUAUCCUUAUCCUUCGAAUAUUAGAGCGGGAAUUUGGCUUCAGACCAGCGGAGAGGGCCGAGUACACAUUGGGUCAUUCAUUGGGGGAAUUCGCGGCUCUCGUUGCAGGAGGUUAUGCCUCGUUCGAAGACAGCUUAUACUUGGUGCGGAAACGGGCAGAGGUCAUGGCGGAGUGCUCCCGACGAGCUGUCGAGGAGCACGGAGGCGAGUAUGGAAUGGUAGCUCUUGUGUCGGAACCUGACCAUCUCCUUCCUCUAAUCGAUGCUAUCCACGAAUUCCUCGGACAUCACAGCGCAGGUUCAAAGUCGGAGAGUGCAGAGGAUGUACCACCUAUCCAGCAGGUGCUGAUCGCGAAUAUUAACAGCAAGAAUCAGAUUGUGCUGAGUGGGAGUAUCGAGAAGAUAAAAACUCUCCUGACCCAUGUCAGGGUUUUCAGUGGCCACGAUCCCCGAGCGGUCAGGUUAAAGGCUGACAGUCCGUUCCACAGCCCGUUGAUGAAGCCGGCUGCGAUUGCUAUGAAGAAGAUGUUGGAAGGGAAGAGUAGGGUGAAAGGGAGAGAGCAUGAAGAUCUAGUUACAUUUCCGGGGGUUAUGCAAUGUAUCAGCAAUGUCACCGCUCGACCCUUCAAGAGCAAGGAAGAGUUGAAAGAUCUCUGGGCGCGACAAGCCGUCGAGACUGUACAAUGGUGGGAUUCGAUCAAGUACCUAGAUCAGGAACAACAUGUUCGCCGCUGGAUAGGUAUUGGGCCUGGUAAAGUCGGUAGGAAUCUUGUUGGGAAGGAAGUUGGAAUGCGCGGGAAAGACGGUGUAAAAGGAGGCGGGGUAUGGGGUAUAACUGAUCCCAAGGAGAUUGAAGAAGUUCUCAGGGGUUUGGACGAGACAGAAACCUCAGGUGACGACGAUUGA